AUGGAGGCCUCCGAUGGGCAAGGGGCUGAAGGGGACAAGCCACUAAACGAGGUGACAGGUGUACCCUGCUUGGAGAAGGGUUCCGGCACCAUGCCCACCGGAGACUCACUUGUACGCCAUGCCAAGGGCCUGGGCCAGGACACCUUCAAAAUUUGUAAAGAAUAUCUAAGGCCACUGAAGAAGUUCCUGCGAAAGUUGCACCUGCCCAGGGACCUUCCCCAGAAGAAGAAGCUGAAGUACAUGAAGCAGAGCCUGGUGGUCCUAGGGGACCACAUCAACACCUUUCUGCAGCACUACUGCCGAACCUGGGAAAUCAAGCACUGGAGGAAGAUGCUCUGGCGAUUUGUUUCUCUCUUCUCGGAAUUAGAGGCGAGACAGCUUCGCAGGCUUUACAAGUACACCAAGAGCAACCAGACGGCCAAGUUCCUGGUGGCGUUCUGCCCCUUGGACGCCCCGGAGAGCUCCUUGCUGGCCGACCGGGAAGACAGUCUGCCCAAGCUGUGCAGUGCGUGGGGGCUGCAGAACAACAUCAGUUGCAUGAAGGAGAGGCUGUCCAAGAUGCAGGCGCCCGGCCGGGAGGCCUCCCUGCUGGCGGAGCCACCACCCCGGGGCCCGGGCGGGAAAGGUUCUCUAAGGAAACUUCCUCACAAAACAAAACUCAAGAGAAAGAGGAUUAAGGAAGCCCCAGAGACUCCAGGGACCUGCCCGUAA